AUGACCUCUCAUUCUGGUAUUUUGCAUGAAUAUACGUUUAAGAAAGUUGCUUUUCAAUUUGAUUUAAACCCUAAUCCGACUAAGAUUUUGGUAUUCAUUGGCGGUUUAACAGAUGGUUUACUCACAGUACCAUAUGUACCUAAAUUAGCACAAAGAUUAAAGGAUGAAUUGACUUGGACUACAUUCCAGAUACAAUUCACCAGUUCAUUUAAUAAUUGGGGAAUCUCUAAUUUGACCAAUGAUAUUAAUGAUAUAGAAAAAUUAAUUAAAUAUUUGCGUGAGAAAUAUUCUCCAAGCAAAAUAGUUAUUAUGGGACAUUCGACUGGUUCACAAGAUGUUAUUCACUACUUGUUAAACAAGCAAACCAAAACUCCAGUUGAUGCUGGGAUUAUGCAAGCUAGUGUUUCUGAUAGAUCCAGCUUUAAUAUAAACGCUACUGAAAAAGGACGGGAAUUAAAUGAAAUUGCCAUUAAAUUAUGUGAAGAAGGCAGACAGGAUGAACUUUUAAGUUAUGAGCAUAUGAAAAUGAGUUGGAAUACUCCAAUAACUGCCUUUAGAUGGAACUCUUUGAUGAAUAAGGGUGGUCAAGAUGAUUAUUUCAGUGAUGAUUUGACAAUGGAAGAAUUAAAGUUUUCUGAAAUACAAGUACCAUUUUUAAUGGUUUUUUCCGGGUCUGAUGAAUUUAUUCCAAAAAGUGUUGAUAAAAAUAAGUUACUAGCUAAAUGGAAGGAAAAUUCUAAUAAAGAAUUUUGGUCUAAACACUCAGGAUUAAUUCCCGGUGCAUCUCAUAAUGUUAAAGAGAUAAAUUUACAAGAUUCAUUGUGCAGCAUGGUUAUUAAUUUUAUCAAAGAAUUCAAUUUGUAG